CUGACCAUUUGGAAACUCAGGCACUGCCCAAGGGCCCGGGUUCAGUAGGAGGCCCCAUGAGAUGCCCCUGGUACCUUUUUCAUAGGCUUUUUUGCCUUGGGCAAGGACACAGGGGCCCCAUUAUCCCCUAUUGCCUGGGGGCCCCAUGAGUUGUCAGUCCGCCCCUGAUCCUGAGGGAGGUUACUAUAAGAAACCUUACAGACAGGGGCGGACUGACCAUUCGAGAACUUGGGCACUGCCUGAGGACCUGGGGUCAGUAGGGGGCCCCAUGAAAUGCCCCUGGUACCUUUUAUAGGCUUUUUUUGAGUGUGGGCAAGGACACAGGGGCCCCAUGAUCCCCUAUUGCCCGGGGGCCCCAU